AUGUUGACAGACAGCAACAGGGUGAGCUACAAAACAGAUACUGUCACAGUGUUUGACAAUAUUGGUGGAAAAGAAACGCAAUAUCAUUUGAAUAGAUAUUCGAGUAGAUUGAAUCAGUUUGCAAAUGCUGUUGUGUGUUCAUUGAAGAAGGUCGUUGAUCCCGGUGGUCGGUUAUCUAUGAGUACAGAAAUAGCAGAUCGUCUUACAGCGAUAUGCAGCUCACAUUACCAGCACAUUGUCUAUACAGUUGUGUAA